CGCCAACCCUAACUUUAUACAUACAAAUCUUUCCCCCCAUUUCAAACCUCUCUCUCUCUCUCAAACACCAUCUUUUUCUUCACCUCUCUCCAUAUUCAACGCCUUGAAGAAUUUACGAGGUUGUGUUUUAUGGUAAUAAAAAUAGAGCAUCAGUGAAGUGAGAAUUAAGUGAUGGGAAGGUACAUGAGGAAAGCUAAUUUGACCGGAGACGUGGUGGCUGUAAUGGAUGUUUCGCAGUCGUCUCUUGGCGUCCGAACGCGAGCCAAAACCCUAGCGUUGCAGAAACUUCGAGCUACGAAAUCAACUGCAACACCGCCAGAGUCGCCAGCGGCGGAACAAGACAGUGAAUUGUCUUAUCUCCAGCUACGCAGCCGGCGGCUAGAGAAACCACCGUUUCAACAACUAACAUGCUGCAGGCAACAAAACCCUAACCCUAAUCUUCUCACGAUUUCUUCAGGUGUUUCUGGUUCUGUCGGGUCGGGUUCAUUAGACACUCAAAUUAAAGCAGGUGAAGAAACAGAGGAGUCUUGUCAUUUUGGAGAAAAUAAUAUUGAUUUUGAUGGCAGAGAAAGGAGCACCCGAGAAAGCACUCCUUGUAGCUUGAUAAAAGACAUAUAUGACAUUUAUACCCCUGGUUCUAGCACACGAUCCAUGAAUCUAGAAGCUUCUAGAAUAUCCCAGAAUUCAAUGCCUUUGGCACAGGAGAUUGAGGAGUUCUUUACCCGUCAUGACCAGGAACAACAAAGACGGUUUGCUGACAAGUACAACUUUGACAUAGUGAAUGAAAAGCCGAUUGGAGGACGAUAUGAGUGGGUACAAGUACAAUCCCAAUAAGGAAGGAGGAUGGAUAUAUAUUAGAGGGGCAUUGGUGUAAUUCCGCUUAUACCCUUUGGUUUGCUAGUGAAAUGUAAAGGAAAAAAUUGAAAAGUUGUGUAGUUUAAUGAUUGAAUUACACACUAACCUUUAGGGUAGAAUGGGAAGAAGAAAAUCUGUAACUUUUUAGGCUUAGUUGUUCCAUGUUUGUCUAGAUUUGCAAGUAAUAAUAAAUAAUUGCCAGAG